AUGUCAAAACUGAACAGAGAUAGGGUGGCCUUUAACGACAGAACGUUGAUAUCUAUCCAGCAGAAGUAUUAUGUACAACCUCCGUCAGUGCUGCCGUACAAUCUUUCUCAUUUUGAAAUACAGAAUCCGUCACCCGGGCAAACACAGUUUAUAGACGAGUAUUUGAAUCAAAAGCGAAAUGGAUUUUAUAUCGACUGUGGAGCUUUCGAUGGUGAGCAUUUAUCGAACAGUUUGUUUCUUGAACGGUACCGCAACUGGACUGGUAUUCUUAUUGAACCGAACCCGACAAUCUACCGUCUGCUGCGACAGAAACACAGAAAAGCAUAUUCUCUCAACGCCUGUCUUUCAACAAAUAAAUAUCCUUCACUUGUGAGUAGAGUGCGGACAAAACGAAUACUGCUUGUGCGAACAUGGCCUGUAACUUCACAACCUGCCCCGCGUCUGGGGAAGGUUGUGGCAGUAUGCGGGGUACACUGUGCGGGGUACACCCUUACCUUUCAGUAUGAUAUAGCAGUAUGA